AUGUUCAUUCUCUUAUGGCUGCUAACCACAGUCCAUGGUGGCUCUCUAUCAAGACUCAAGAUUUUGGAAGUUGAGAGAAAAUUAAAGUAUCUCAGAAGACAUUCCUUAAAAACUAUCAAGAGUGAAGAUGGAGAUGUAAUUGAUUGCAUUGCCAUUAAUAAACAACCAGCAUUUGAUCAUCCAGCAUUGAAGAAUCACAAAAUUCAGAUGGCUCCUACUCACCUAACAGCUGGAUCAAGAACUUCAAGAAAUGGAAAAAAUGCAAAUGAAUCUUUGAGUGUGACUUCACAAGUGUGGCAGAAAAGUGGAAAAUGUGGAAAGGGAACAAUACCAGUUAGAAGAAUAAGAAAAAGAGAGCUAUUGAAGGCUCAUUCAAUUGAAGAAUAUGGAAGGAAGAAGCCAAGCUUCUCUCACCAUCAACAUGCUGAACUGAAUAAGAAUCUUGAUUCCUUUGUUCAACUUAAAAACCACUCUAAGGCAAUAUUGUUUACAGUUGGUUACCGUUAUUUGGGAGGAAAAGCAGAUCUGAGAGUGUGCAACCCUUUUGUUGAAAAGGAUGAUGAAUACAGCAUUACUCAAGUCGCUCUCUUAACAGGCCCAUACAAUGACUUUGAGUCUGUUCAAUCUGGUUGGGCAGUGAAUCCUAGUGUAUAUGGAGAUAGACAAACUCGAUUAUUUGUAUACUGGACGGCUGAUGGUUCAAAGAAAAGUGGUUGUUUUGAUCUAACCUGUCCUGGGUUUAUUCAGACAAGCAAUGAGAUUGCCUUGGGUGCUGCUAUACAUCCAAUCUCAAUUCCUGCUGACCUUCCAUACGUAAUAACAAUUUACAUCUUUAAGGAUCCCUAUACCAACAAUUGGUGGGUGCAAUAUGGUGAGAAGACCUACAUAGGUUAUUGGCCACCGGAGUUGUUUAAAACAAUACUUUACAAUGCACAAUCUGUGGAGUGGGGUGGUGAAGUUUACAGUACAAGCAUUGGACAAACUCCUCACACAGCAACACAAAUGGGCAACGGCCAAUUUGCUUCAGUUUUGGAGUUUUCAUCUGCAAUAACAAGAAUGAGAAUUCAUGACAACUCUGAAUUCUUGAAAAUCCCAGAAUUGGUUUAUGAUUAUUCUGAUGAAUAUAAUUGCUAUGAUGUUUGGUACAUGUCAGAUUACAUUGAUGAUCCUCAAUUCUAUUAUGGGGGUCCUGGUAGAAAUCCAAAGUGCCCUUAACUUAUUCAUAAUUAAUGCUUCAACCAAUUACAUGUUAUAGG